UUGAUUAGAAAGAUUUUAUCCACGUUGCGUUUGUCUAGGAAAGUUCGUUUUAUGUCAGCUUUUAUAACUCUGUUUAAUACUUUACAAGCACGAAACGAAAACGUAAGUAUUGGUUCCGAGGGAAAAAAGAUAUGCGUUUGUGCGUAUUUCUAAUUGCGUUAUCAUCCGCUGUAUCAUCGCAGAAGACGUAUGAAUGUUCGCCAGAGAGAGAAAAGUGUGAAUUCACUUUAUUCAUCCAAGAAAAACUGACAAUGAUAUAUGGGAAAAAUCUGGUCAAAGGACUGAAAGGAGAGUUAUUUAAAUUUGACGAAUGGCCUUCAAAUAAGACUCUCAAUGUACCAGUUGACCAAGUAGUAACUGUGGAUGGAGUGAACAGAAUGGUGAUAGCAGUCAACGAAACCAUACCAGGACCAGCUCUGGUUGUGUACGAAGACCAAACUGUCACAGUGAACGUCCACAACUAUCUUUUGAGUGAUGCAGUAACAAUUCAUUGGCAUGGCUUGCAUCAAAGGAACACAGACUUCAUGGAUGGUGUUGGAUAUAUUACACAGUGCCCUAUCGGAGCUGGAAUACUUUCUCAAUACUUUCCCUACAAAUUCAAGGCUUCACCAAAGGGUACUUUCUGGUAUCACAGCCAUGUUGGUGCACAAAGAACAAAUGGUGUGUUUGGUGCUUUCAUCAUAAAAGAAAAACCCAAAGCAGGUGUGAAACCUCCAGAAGACAUGAUUAUGACAGUCAUGGACUGGCAUCACUAUACUUCUGAAGAGGUCUACAUGAAAAUGAUGUACGGCAACUUUCGAAAGAACAGAAGAUAUGAAACGACAAAAACUUUGGAUGGUGGAAUGUUUUCUGAUGUACCCUGGGUUAGCGGAUUAAUUGAGGGAAAAGGAAGAUACAUGGACCCUGACACAAGAAAGGAGACGGAAACACCACUAACUAUGUACAAUGUAACACCUGGCAAGAGCUACAGAUUUCGAGUGAUUCACACCGGUACGAUCUAUCCACUUCGCAUAUCUGUUGAUCAACACGACUUAACCGUAAUGGCUUCAGAUGGAUAUGACUUAAAACCCAGGGUUGUCGAAUCUUUUAUUAUAAACCCAGGAGAAAGAUUUGAUUUUCUUCUCAAAGCUGAUAAAUCUGACGGUAACUAUUGGAUACGUUCUGACAGCAUCGAAGUUAUCCAGAAAGGUGAGGUAGAACACACAUCCAAAGCUAUUCUGCGAUAUAGUGGAGCGAGGGCCAGUGAACCAACAUCAGUCAGGAGGGCAUGCUCAAGCAGCUCUCCCUGUGACGUCAUCAAUUGUCCUUUUCGCUACUUUCCUGAAGGUGAAAACAUCAAUUGCAUUUUAAUGUCAGAUUUACAAAACGCCAACAGCAAUGACAAAGUGCCAUCGUUUAUUAAAAAUGACAGUGAAGAACAUUUCCUAAAUUUCGCCUUUCCCGGUGAAAAUUCGAUCACGCCCGGUGCGGUCAAUGGGAGGAAAUUUUUGUUUCCAGGCAUCAAUUCGCUCACACGACGAGGAAAAGGGGUUGGAGAAUACGAGUGUAAAAAUAAAGAUUGCGGCGAAGAUAAAAUCUGCGACUGCCAUUAUGAAUUGAAGGUAGAGUACGGCAAGACGAUUCAGAUGGUGUGGCUGAAUGUUGGCAAGGGUGCUGGAUGGUCACAUCCCAUACAUCUACACGGGCACAGUUUCUAUGUGCUGAAAAUGGAUUACUUCCCACAAAAUAGAACGACUGGAGCGCUACUGAAAGAUAGAGAACAACUAUCGGCUGACAUCAAAUGUAAUGGAUCUAAACUGUAUUGUAACGACGCAAGAUGGAAAAAUGAAUCUUGGCAAUAUGGAAAAGUACCUGGAUUGAAUUUGAAAAAUCCACCACGCAAAGAUACACUGAUUAUACCAACUGGAGGCUACGCUGUUAUCAGAAUACGAUCAGACAAUCCAGGAAGGUGGUUUAUGCAUUGUCACAUUGAAGUGCAUUCUCUAAAUGGAAUGGCGAUGGUUCUUUCUGAAGCUGAAGAUCGCGCAGCUACGCCACCAUCUGGUUUUCCUGAAUGUUCAAACUUUUACUCAGAUCCAGCGUGGGAACCUGGCCAGAGUACAAACAGCGGUGUGAGGGUUUGUGGUAGUGCAUUUAUCAUUUUUUCCUUACUUUUCAUUGUAUUCGUGAAGACAUAAAGUGUUGUGUAAAACAAACUUGGAAUGGAAGACAGCGGAAUUGACAUUAACAGUUUUGUAAUUGUAUGUUUUAUUUAGUGGGUAUGUUGCAACCUCGUUCCCCUAGCAUUUUACCUUGUUGAUGAAGUUGAUAGCGGCCAGUCCGUAAUAACGGCUCUGGGGCUACAAGACCCUGGGGACGAGGUUGGGUAUGUCUUGCUACUUUAUCUGUCAAAAAUAAACCGGCCAAAAUAUUUUACUGACUUUUUUUCUCCACUUUUUUCGACUAAUCUUUUUCGACUAAUUUAUUUCGCCGGUAUUUGUAUCCUCAUCCCCAGGGUUUGUUGCCUGAUGUCAAAGCCGCUAGCGCUUACUAGACGGCCUCAAUGUUAAAAAGGCAAAAAAAAAACCUGGGGACGAGGUUGCGGUUUUUGCUAUUUUUCAACGUCCGAGAGGAUACAAAAGUUAGAUGAAUAAAAUUUGAGUUAAAGUUUCUUUUCAAAAAGAAGGUAGAAUUUGUGAAUUUCUUUUGCAUGGAUUUUGUUUUUGUACUGGAUACAAUGCACGCAUAAGCUAUUCUUUGUAAGUAAUUUCUUAAAAUGUUUGAAGUUACUCCGUUUUUGGUUAGGUGUUUUCAUUUUUGAGUUGCUUCGCUGAUGCUUAGAUGCUGUUCCUUUACCGACUGAACUAUGUAUUUAUUCUUUAACCCUUUCAGUGUCGAAAAUCGUGCAUUUUAGAAAAGAGUAAUUCACAAGUCUCGCUGCGUUGCGCAUCAGUGCACUUUCUGUGUAUCUGACGGCAGCAUAGCGUCGGUAACAGUACUGGGAACAAAAUUGGCUUAGACAACUGGGUGUAUUAGAAAAAGCGCGUAUAAAUAUAACACAUGACCGUGGAGAAACUUUAGGAGCAGUGAUUAUUACUAGUAAAGACAUUGUGGUUAAAAAUUUUCUUGAUUUUUUUUUGCAUACUCACAACCUAAUAACCAAUUUAAUUGAAACAUUGCUUUUACACUAA